UGACCGCUGCGUCUCCGGGAACAGGCGCGAAUGGGACAGGCAUAGUGUGGCAUUCCAGGCGACACAGGGAAGAGGGUCGCCGCCUCCACCAAACUCGACCACCCCGAUCUCAGGCUCUGAAGGCCGAGACGCCCUCUCCGGCUCCCACUCCAGUCCCUCCACAGGUGGGAGUGGACCGCCGUGCUUUAAUUCCAUCCUCCGUCUCGGAGCCAAGCAACUGCGUGAUGCCCUGACUCAGACACCCGGCCAGGGAGCGCGCGUCCCGCGGGGGCGGCAGCGGGUCCGGGUGACGCCAGGGAGCCAGGGGCGGCGAGGUCUCUCGCGGAGACCACGCCAGCCCAGCCCACGUGUGCGCCAGAUUUAAAAGUUGGUGGCCGGUGCGGAAACGGUCGCUUCGGUGGGUGAGCUCGGCAAGGGGCGCGCCAAACACGCCCAGAACCCCGGUGCAGCACGGCGCAGGGUCCCCUGGACCCCAGCCCAGAGACGCUCGGAGAUGCCGCGAGCGGAGGGUCGCUGCCCAGGGCUGUCCGCGGGACAAGCGGCCGCCUCGUCCGCACCCCACGCCCUGUCCCUGCUGCUGCUGCUGCUGCUCGCCUGCUGUGCAAACGCCUGCAGAGGUAUGCCAACAUCACCUCAAAGAUUACAGCAAGAAAAAGAACUACAGUUGUGGAAUGAGAUUAAUGAAGCUUGCUCAUCCUUUCUGUCUAUUGAUUCCCAGCCUCAGGCAUUUGUUGCCCUGAGGGAGCUUUGCCGUGUGGUGAUGGAGAUUUUCCAGAAGCCUCAGGAACAAAAUGAAAAAGAUAAUACUAAGAGGUUCUUAUUUCAUUAUUCAAAGAUACAGAAGUCUGGAAAUUCAAAUGUUGUGUCCUCUGUCGUGCGUCCGUGGCUGCAGCUCGCUCCUCAACUGCGUGAGAGAAGAAUGAAGAGAUUCAAAGUGGACGAGGAAUUCCGGAGUCCUUUCACUGGUCAAAGUAGGGGAUACUUUUUAUUCAGGCCACGCAAUGGGAAGAGGUCAGCAGGCAUCAUUUAAAACGGCACGUGUUCGAAAAAAAAAAAUAGAUCAAAUGUCAGCUCAUCUUUCAUUGGAAACACUGCUAUGGAAAAAAAAAGAAAACACUGCUUUGGGAUAUAAAAUAUAUUCACAUUUGGUUCUCAAAAACGAUCCCUCCUAAAUUUAUUGUUGCAAAUCUCUGUAUUGAAACAGUCUCUGUGAUGGUUGAGAUUAUAAAUGUUUAAUUUGUUUAAAAUAAAAUGGCAUCUUAAAAUCUUUUCUGACGGAUUGCACAGCAAAGCUGUACCUGAAGAUGAAUCCUAUCAGUGCCCACAGCUCUGGAUAGCACUGGAACACAUUCCUUUUGAG